UUCAUUCAAGGACCUUGACUGGCGCUGCUGAAGCCUGGGGGCUCAGAAGUGAUUCAGCACCGCAGAGCAGCGGACAGGAGAGAGAAAGAAAGAAAAGAAGGAGAGAAGAGAAGAGAAGAGAAGAGAAGAGAAGGAAAGUCAAGGAAAAAACGAGAGGAGAAGCAGGAGCGAAAGCUGCGCGCUGGUUUGGAGACGUUAUUUUACUGCUUAACAGCCAACAUCAUGGCAAUGACAAUUUUUUAAACCGAUGAAAACUUCUUUCAUCGCAGCAAAAACCCUCUGCUUUUGCCUUAACAAUCACCCAAACUCCGAUAAAUUCGGAUUUCAUUUGAUUUCGCGGAUGCGUCGAGCGCACCGGAUUAUCCAGGGGUGUAGCCGCGGUGCUUCUGGUGCGUCUUUGCGCUGGUACAGGCUGUGCGAGUGUGUGUGAGAGGUGAAGGAUCAGCCGGAGUGGCCGACCAGUCAGAAGGAUGCUGGAGGGCAAUGCCUGCAGAAAGAGAGGAUGAGAUUUGUCGAAAGGCGCUGGAACUGCUCUCAGACCUGUGCUCCAAGGGAGAGGUGCAGGACGACAACUGCCUGGAUUUCAUUUACUACUUCAGGGACCUGGCCAGACCCCGUUACACGGACUCAGAUGUAUCUGUGAGUCUGUUGUCCCUGCUGGUGACCACUUGUGGUCUGGCCCUAUUCAGCGUCUCCCUCUUUGUUUCAUGGAAGUUGUGCUGGGUGCCACUGAGUGGCCGUUUCCUUCCAGAUGUCCUCAAGGGGGCGCACUUCCUGGGAGGAGACCAACAGCCUGUCCUCACAGAGGUGGACGGGGAGGAGAGGGAGUACAGUGAGGAUGGCUGCGUGAAGGAGCCCUCAGGGCCCGCUUCAGCUGUGGCUGUCCCAGAGUCAGCCCUAAAGAUAAGCCACACAUCGCCUGACAUCCCGCUGGAGACCCAGGCCAAGGCUGACAAAAACCAGGUCCACACUCUGGCCAGGGACAGGGUCCAGAGACAGAUUACUGAGCCUACGUCGUCUGUACGUCACAACUCCAUCCGUCGUCAGAUGAACCUGUCCAAUCCAGACUUCAACCCUGCUCAGUUUCAGCGCCAGGAGUCUCUGUCUGGUUUGGGCCGAAUCAAACCAGAACUCUACAAGCAGCGCUCGGUGGAUGCAGAAGAUGGACGUCGGACCGACAGCUGCGGGUGUCUCCAUUUCAUCCUAAAGUUUGACUUCGACCUGGAGCAGCUGAUUGUGAAGAUCCACAAGGCCCAGGACCUUCCUGCCAAGGACUUCUCAGGGACCUCCGAUCCUUAUGUCAAGAUCUACCUUCUGCCUGACCGAAAAACCAAGCAUCAGACCAAGGUGCACCGCAAGACACUCAACCCAGUGUUCGAUGAAGUGUUUCUCUUUCCGGUGACAUACACCGAGCUGUCGAGCCGUAAGCUGCACUUCAGUGUCUACGACUUUGACAGGUUCUCUCGCCAUGAUUUGAUUGGCCAAGUGGUAGUGGACAACUUCUUGGAUCUUGCAGACUUUCCACGGGAGACAAAACUGUGCCGGGACAUACAAUAUGUAACAUCGGACAACGUGGACCUGGGAGAGCUGAUGUUCUCAUUGUGCUAUCUCCCCACGGCUGGCAGGCUCACCAUCACUAUGAUCAAAGCCAGAAAUCUCAAAGCCAUGGACAUCACUGGAGCUUCAGAUCCAUAUGUUAAAGUGUCCCUGAUGUGUGAAGGCCGGAGGCUGAAGAAGAGGAAGACAUCAACCAAGCGCAACACUUUGAACCCAGUGUACAAUGAAGCCAUCGUGUUUGAUGUUCCUCCUGAGAAUAUCGACCAGAUCAGCCUGCUCAUAGCUGUCAUGGACUAUGAUCGGGUGGGACAUAACGAAGUGAUUGGGGUGUGCAGGGUCGGCAAUGAGGCUGAGAGUCUGGGUCGAGACCACUGGAAUGAGAUGCUGUCAUACCCACGGAAACCCAUCGCACACUGGCACCCACUCAUAGAGUGGGUUGGACAGGGAGCGGCGGGGAGUGGAAGCCAAGGAGGAUCCACCAAUUCCCUGAAGACACCACCAUCACCAUAACCACACACACACACACACACACACACACACAAACAC